ACCACGUGCCCAGAAUCCUCUGCCCGGGCUCAGCCCCACUGCUACUCUGACCUCUCCGGUCACUCGGUAGACAUCAGCCCGAUUUCUGUCCGUUUCGUCUGCGGCGCGAGUCCCACGGAUCAAGAACUCCCAGGGACCCACCAGGUCGGCUCCACAGCAGACCAGGCUCCCUCCGAACUCGCGUGCCCUUCCCCGUGACCUCCAGCCUCUGAGCUCCCAGCUCCCCAUGGCGGCCGCGACGCUGAGCCUGGAGCCCGCGGGGCGCAGCUGCUGGGACGAGCCGCUGAGCAUCGCCGUGAGCGGCCUGGCCCCCGAGCAGCCCGUCACGCUGCGCGCCGCCCUGCGCGACGAGAAAGGCGCGCGCUUCCGCGCCCACGCGCGCUACCGCGCCGACGCCCACGGCCGCCUGGACCUGGCGCGCGCGCCCGCGCUGGGCGGCAGCUUCGCGGGGCUCGAGCCCAUGGGGCUGCUCUGGGCCCUGGAGCCCGAGCGGCCUUUCUGGCGCCUGGUCAAGCGCGACGUGCGGACGCCCUUCGUGGUGGAGCUGGAGGUGCUGGACGGCCACGAGCCCGACGGCGGGCGGCUGCUGGCGCGGGCGGUGCACGAGCGUCACUUCAUGGCUCCCGGGGUGCGGCGCGUGCCCGUGCGCGAGGGCCGUGUGCGCGCCACGCUCUUCCUGCCCCCAGGAAAUGGACCCUUUCCUGGGAUCAUAGACAUUUUUGGACUUGGAGGUGGCCUUCUGGAGUAUCGGGCUAGUCUGCUGGCCAGGAAGGGUUUUGCUGUCCUGGCUUUGGCUUAUUAUAACUACGAUGACCUCCCCAAGAGCGUGAAGACCCUUCACCUGGAGUACUUUGAGGAAGCUGUGAACUACCUGCUCAGGCACCCUCAGGUCAAGGGACCAGGGAUUGGCCUGCUGGGGACUUCCAAAGGGGCUCAACUCUGCCUCUCCAUGGCCUCUUUCCUGAAAGGCAUCACGGCUGCUGUCAUAAUCAAUGGCUGUAUGGCCAAUGUUGCUGGAACAUUAUACUACAAGGAUGAGACCAUGCCCCCUUUGGGCAGUAAUCUAAAUCGAAUCAGGGUGACCAAAGAUGGCCUUAAAGAUACUUUGAAUGUUCUGAAUUGCCCUUUAGAAGGACCUGACCAGAAGAGCAUCGUCCCUGUGGAAAGGUCAGACACGGCCUUCCUGUUGCGUGGUCAGGAUGACCAGAGCUGGAAGAGCGAGUUCUAUGCCAAUGAGAUCUCCAAACGCUUACAGGCCCAUGGCAAGGAGAAGCCCCAGAUCAUCUGCUACCCAAAAGCAGGGCAUUAUAUUGAGCCCCCUUAUUUCCCAUGCUGCCAGUCUACCCUACUCAACGUUUAUAACGGACUUGUCGUCUUUGGAGGGGAGCAGGCUCAUGCCAUGGCCCAGGUGGAUGCAUGGCAGAAACUCCAGACUUUCUUCCACAAACACUUGGGUGGUGAAGAGAGGACAAUCCCAGCAAAAUUGUGAUUUUCUUUGAGUAGUGACAUUUGUGAUCACUCCUGAGAAGGGCUGCCACUGUUAGGAUGUGUAUCCAUUUUUUUACCUUUUAAUAAAGUCCUGAAUUUUUCCCCUG